CCGCCAUCACUCCAGGCUAGCCUGUUAGCUUCAGCUGCCGCCGCUGUAAGUGUCCAGAGCCGCGGCUGCUUCACGUUAACCGUCACUGUAACGCUGUCUGUUGAACGCACCGAGUGGACCGAACUCUGUCCAGUAAACAAAACAACCCGCCGUAAAGUGCUCCUUGGAGGCGUAGUUUGUGACGUGAUGGACAGCUAACUGGUGGCUAACGAUCCGGCUAGCUCCAGGAGCCGGAGCUCCGGUGACGGACGUUCUCUGGUGCUGCUUCUCGUGCCCGUGGACUCGUCGAUUUAACCGCGUUCGCUUUGAUUUGGAGUCGUCGCUGACGGUACCUGUUAGCGGUUAGCUGUUAGCUGAGUGAAUGAGCGGUUCGACUGACCCGGUUAAGAACCGCAAAAACCCAGGUGGUGAGGAUGACGGCGAUAAUGGGUCAUGCUGAGUGAGGGUCGGCAUUUCCUCCGUGCCUAACGCAGCAGAAGCAGCAGCAGCAGCAGCAGCAGCAGCCUGGUACCGUCCAAUCAAAGCGGACUCUCUGGGGGUUCGGUGGUGGAGGAUGGCAUUUCACGGCGCGGGCCGACAGAACGUCUGUGGAGACCUGUUCCCAGGCUCUGACCUGGGCCACAAGUAUUUCUGCGUCAACUCCUCCUGCGGAGCCCCCUCUACCGGCCUCAGCGCCACGCCGUGCCUGACCGCACCCACCGCGCCGGCCGGGACCCCUCGUCACCCCACGGCUCUUGGAGGAAGCACGGGUGGCGGAGCGGCGGUGCCUCAGCCUUACAGCAACCCGGCCAGCGAGGUGCCCAGCCCCGCAGAGAUGGAGCCGGACCGGCCCAUUGGUUACGGGGCGUUUGGUGUCGUGUGGUCAGUGACUGAUCCCCGUGACGGACGCAAGGUGGCACUGAAGAAGAUGCCCAACGUCUUCCAGAACCUGGUCUCCUGUAAGAGGGUCUUCAGAGAGCUGCGGAUGCUGUGCUUCUUCAAACACGACAACGUUUUAUCAGCGCUGGACAUUUUACAGCCUCCACAAAUCGACUGCUUUGAGGAAAUCUACGUGAUAACAGAGCUGAUGCAGAGCGACCUCCACAAAGUCAUCGUGUCUCCUCAGCCUCUCACCACCGACCACAUCAAGGUCUUCCUCUACCAGAUCCUCCGAGGUCUGAAGUACCUGCACUCUGCUGGGAUCCUGCACAGAGACAUCAAACCUGGAAACCUGCUGGUCAACAGCAACUGUCUGCUCAAGAUUUGUGACUUUGGGUUGGCGCGGGUGGAGGAGCCUGACCCGUCGCGUCACAUGACUCAGGAGGUGGUGACUCAGUAUUACAGAGCGCCUGAGGUGCUGAUGGGCUGUCGGCACUACGGCUCGGCCAUCGACGUGUGGUCAGUGGGCUGCAUCUUUGCAGAGCUGCUGGGACGACGGAUCCUCUUCCAGGCUCAGAGCCCGAUUCAGCAGCUGGACCUGAUCACAGACCUGCUGGGAACUCCGCCUCUGUCGGCCCUGUCCAUGGCCUGUGAAGGAGCCCGAGCUCACAUCCUGAGGGGGCCACACAAACCGCCGUCGCUGUCGGUGCUCUACAUGUUAUCAGACGGAGCGACACACGAGGCCGUGCACCUGCUCUGUCGCAUGUUGGUCUUUGAUCCGGCUAAAAGGAUCUCUGGCAGCGACGCCCUGUCUCACCCGUACCUGGACGAAGGGCGUCUGCGUUACCACACCUGCAUGUGUCAGUGCUGCUACUCUGUUCCCAGCGGCCGAGUUUACACGCGGGACUUUGAGCCGGUGGCCGAGCGUCCGUUCAGCCACAGCUACGAGAACAGUCUGCUGUCCGUGUGGCAGGGAAAAGAGUUAAUCCACCGCUUCAUCACGGAGCAUCAGCAGGGCAAACGUGUGCCGCUGUGCAUCAACCCGCAGAGCGCCGCCUUCAAGACCUUCAUCAGGUCCACGGCGUGGCACUCGUCCAAGGUUUCCAGGAAGGAGGAGAGAUGAGCAGAUGAUUCCGAGCACUUUGUUCGUCUGCUUCUCCGUUCUUUAAAAAAACAAUAAAACAAAGUGUUUGAGGAGAUUUAAGGAAGAAAAAAAAAAAAGAAAAAAAGAAGAAGCUCCCUCUGAAAGUCCUCAAAUCUUUUUCCCGACAAACGAUUCCUGACAUUGAAGAAGUGUCGUUAAUCUCCUGCUAGGAUUCUGACGCUCGACCAGGUUUUCGGUGCUGGAUUAUAAAAGUUUUUUUUUUUAAACGCUGCUCGAGGACGAGCGAGACGGAGAGAAAGACGUUUCAUUCUUUAUCCACUUUGAUUUUUGGUUUUGAGUCAUUCCAGCUCUGUGCAAUAAGGUUCAACAGCAAGGCAAGGCAAGGAAGAUCCCACUGAGGAACCGGAUCAUCCUCAUCUUCAUCUUCAUCAGGAUAUAAAAUCACCUUUUCAGAAAGCGUCGCUCACUGUGUUCCCGCUGCUCUCUGCCUUUGUGCGUCGACGCAGCGCUAAUAAUGCAACGUAACAGAUGUAGCAGGUUUUAACCACGCCCACUCUCCUCUGACAGUGUUUUUUUUUUACUGCGACUUCUUCCGUACGAGACGGAGACGACAGCUGGACGUCGGAAAGGAAAAGUCGGGAACAGGAUUAUUCCUUCUGUCUUCAUCGUUUUAAAACCCGUGUUUUGCCAAAACUAGAAAAGUUUAGCUGCUUUGUUUUUUUUGUGGUUUCUUUGUCGACCUCCACGUGUAACAUCCAACCUCAGCGUGAACCCAUGAACCUGUGAACACAUGAACGCGUGAACACACCUUUCAUGUUUCCCUGCUGAGCGUCAGUGGAGAGGAAGAGGAAUCAUUUUUCCUGUUUUCCUGUAAAUUUCUUAAUUUAUUGAGUGUUUGUUGAAGAGUGUAUGUCUCCGCCCCCUCCAUCAUCCCCACCACUUUCACUCCGCCCCCUCUCAGUGUUUGUGGGAUUUGUGUUCGGGGAAAUCCUCCAUUCAUGUCUGAACCGCUGUUAUACCUCGUUUUAGCAUCGCGCUGAGUCGCUCUCGCCACGCUGAGUCAUUCUCGCCGAGUCGCUCUCGCCGCGCUGAGUCGCUGUGAGGUUUGAAAAUAACCAUGUUGUCCAUGAAAUGCUGCUGUUUUGUUUUUUAGUUUGGGGCUCAGGUGUCAGCUGUCAAUGAUCAGUGUUGAUAUGAGAGAUAAACAGUCUGGGAUGCUACACUGUAAAAACAGAUGCUGUUGUAUCUGCGGAGGUUUGCGAGGAGAUGAUUGAUAGUUACCUGUCGACGCCCACUUCACUACAAGCUAUUCAAACAGAAUCACUGCGGAUUUAAGUUUUUUUGUUUGUUAUUUUUAAUGAAAAAAAGCUUAAAUUUUAGAAGUAGGUUAGAGAAAUGUGCUUUGUUUUUAUUUCAAAAUAAAAGUGGUUCCCAACGGC